UUUUACGUGGAUGACGGUCUUAAAUCCAUGCCCUCCACCGAAACAGCAGUGAGUCUCCUGAAAAGGACUCAAGAGGUUCUUGCUAAGUCAAACCUCCGACUGCACAAGAUAGCCUCAAACAAAAAAGAAGUUAUGGAAGCCUUUCCGUCCACUGAUCACGCUAAUAGCCUCAAAGACCUUGAUCUAGAUGAUGACUCACUGCCGCUGCAACGCAGUCUUGGACUCAACUGGGACCUCCAAGCAGACUGUUUUGUGUUCAAUGUCUCAGACAAUGUGAAACCAUACACUCGGCGGGGUGUAUUAUCCACUGUUAACAGUCUUUACGAUCCUCUUGGAUUUGUGGCGCCAGUAACUAUCCAAGGAAAGGCUAUUCUGCGAGAACUAACCACUGAAAAAGGAGAUUGGGACUCACCAUUACCAAAAGAUAUGGAGCAAAUCUGGGAGUCAUGGAGAGCAUCUUUAUCACAACUGUCUGGGUUUUCUGUUCCCCGACUAUACACACAAACAUCGCCUUCAGAAGCUUACAGAAGAGAACUGCAUGUCUUCUGUGACGCAUCAAUCAAGGCUAUUGCUGCAGUAGCGUAUCUAAGAGUCGUUGAUGCACGUGGAAAUUGUUGUGUUGGAUUUGUGAUGGGCAAAGCCAAACUCGCCCCUCGUCCUGAAAUGACCACGCCAAGAUUAGAACUUUGUGCAGCAGUUCUUGCAGUAGAACUGGCAGAUUUAGUCUCUACAGAAAUGGAUCUCCAGCUCCAUACUAUGUCCUACCAUUCAGACAGCAAAGUGGUCCUGGGCUACAUUUAUAACGAAAACAGGCGGUUCUACGUCUUUGUCAGCAACAGAGUACACCGCAUUCGGAAAUCAUCCCUUCCAAACCAGUGGCACUAUGUCCCAACAGACCAAAAUCCUGCAGAUCAUGCUACACGUUCUGUUGUGGCAGGUCACCUAAAGAACACAAACUGGUUGAGUGGCCCAAAAUUUCUGGUAAGUCCAGAACCAAGUAUCAACAAUGACACCUUUGAUCUUGUGGACCCGGUUGCAGACCCAGAUGUGAGGCCUUGGGUGUCUACCCUGUCUACCACAGUGUCUUCAAAAAACAUUGGUAGUGAACGCUUCACCAAGUUCUCUGCAUGGAACUCUCUCACUCAGACCAUGGCUCGGCUGUUGCACAUAGCAAAGAUGUUCAGCACAGCGAAAAGGGAGGUCCGAUCCUGCAAAGGCUGGCAUUGCUGUAAGACAAAGGUAACUGUGAAGGAAAUCGACCAAGCUGCAAACGUUAUUGUGCGUACGGUGCAGGAGGAAAUCUAUGCUGAAGAGAUCAAGUGCAUUCAGAAGUCAGAAAGAAUUCCUAAAGGCAGCCCUCUCUACAGACUGGACCCAUUCAUCGACAAAGAUGGACUUCUCAGAGUUGGGGGCCGUCUCGUCCAUUCCACUCUUGGGCAAGUCGAAAAGAAUCCAUUGAUCGUCCCUGGGAAACACCAUGUUGCAACCUUGAUAAUAAGACACCAUCAUGAACAAGUACACCAUCAAGGCCGCCAUUACACGGAAGGAGCUAUUCGGACAUCAGGAUUUUGGAUAAUUGGCUGUAAAAGAAGGGUUAGCAGCAUCAUCAACCAGUGUGUCACCUGUAGACGACUAAGAGCUCCUUUGAGUGUCCAGAAGAUGGCAAAUCUUCCAACAGAUCGUUUGACUACAGAUCCUCCGUUCACAAAUGUGGGCCUGGAUGUGUUCGGGCCGUGGCACAUCUGUUCACGUCGUGCAAGAGGUGGCCUGUUACACAGUAAAAGGUGGGCUGUAAUAUUUACGUGUAUGAGUGUAAGAGCUGUUCACAUCGAGGUCAUUGAGUCACUUGACGCAUCAAGCUUCAUCAAUGCAUUGAGGCGUUUUCUUGCAGUGCGAGGGCCAGUCAAGCUCAUACGUUCAGACCGUGGCACUAAUUUCGUCGGAGCCUGCAAGGAGUUAAAUAUACCCUCAAACAUUGACAACUCAGCGAUCAACACUUACCUCUUGAAAGAGGGAAUAACCUGGAUCUUUAAUCCUCCCCAUGCUUCCCAUCAUGGUGGUACAUGGGAGAGAAUGAUUGGCCUGGCAAGAAGAAUACUUGACACCAUGUUCCUUCAGCUAAAAGAUAAACUUACCCAUGAAGUGUUGGUGACCUUUAUGGCAGAAGUAGCGGCUAUCAUCAACGCUAGGCCUCUGGUGCCAGUUACACAUGACCCUGAAGAUUUGUACAUGCUCACUCCAGCCACUCUUCUUACUCAAAAGGUAAACGUCCUUCCAGCUCCUGUUGGUGACUUCGGAGUGUCUGACCUCUACAAGUCUCAGUGGCGCCAGGUACAACACUUGUCCAACACUUUCUGGGACAGAUGGAAAAAGCAGUAUCUGCCCACACUUCAGCCACGCAGGAAAUGGCAGUCUACACAACCUAACGUGACAGAAGGAAGUAUUGUUCUUUUAAGAAAUAACGACCUGGCAAGGAACGAAUGGCCCACUGGACUGAUAACGAAGACUUUUCCAGGUGAAGAUGGAAAAGUGCGGGAAGUUGAAGUGAAGAUUGUAAAACCAGGAGGGACUGCACUCUAUCGUAGACCUAUUACAGAGAUAGUAGUUCUCCUUCCGAAAGAGGAUUAGUCAUACAAACUGUUGAAGUUGUUAGUGACGUGUAUACACGCCAGGCGGGGAGUGUAUUGCUACGAGCAAAUGUAAUGUUAAUCUUGUUUGUUUUCGUAAGAAUUAAUGUUUAAAUCUCAUUGUUAGAAAAAAUGGUACUGUCGCUUUAAGAGGGACUGGAUCUCAGACACAGGAAGUUGCAUAGGCUAUAGAGUGAGGAAAUCAGGAAGCAAGCACAUGGCACAGAGUGGAGGUUGUUAGUCGAGUCAAUCCAGCUGCAUCUGCAAACGUCUUCUGCUUUUUGUUAGCAUCGUAGUUUCACCUUCCUUGCUACGUCAAUAAACCUGUGUACAAGGA